AUGUUGAUCCAAGGGGAUUUCGCGGUGGUCAUGCUCAUAGAUACGCCCGGGUUUGAUGAUUCGAGCAAGAGUGAUACCGAGGUUCUUGAGGAAAUUGCUAUGUGGCUCUCCGAUUCGUACAAGAACGAUAUUCGCUUGGACGGGAUUAUAUAUCUCCAUCGGAUUUCAGAUGUUCAAAUGCAAGGCUCAGCUCGAAGAAAUCUGGUCACUUUCAAUAAGUUGUGCGGCGAGGGUGCUCUGAAGAGAGUGAUUCUUGCCAGCACCAUGUGGGACAUCACCCGCGAGGAAGACGCAGUCAUGCGUGAACAGGAGCUCAAGGAGACCGACCACUUUUGGGGAUGGAUGCUCUCCCAGGGUAGCUCCUGUCACAGGUACAAUAACACGCCAGAGUCUGCAAGGCAGAUCGUCCUUUCAUUGAUAGGCCGCGGAGAUCCGAUCGUCACAGACUUGCAAAUACAGAUGGUUGAUAACGGACUCAGCUUAGAUGAGACUGCGGCCGGGCGAGAUCUUAAUGCGGCCCUUCGGAAAGAGAUUAGAAAGUUAACCCAGGCACAAAGAGCCCUUGAGGAGGAGAUCAAAGCAGCUGGAAAGGCUCAUGACAAAAUGACACAAGAAGCUUUGAAAGUGGAGCGUGAUCGGAAUAGAAUGAUGCUUGAAAAUGCGCAGAACGGUACCAAAGCGCUAAAUGCAACAAUGGAGACUAUGAUGGCCAAAAGAGAUCAAAGACUCGCCGAAAUGAAAAAGGAGAUCUGUGAUCUUCAACAAAGAGAAAAGGAACACCUUCGGCUCGUGAGAGAACAGGCCUUAGCCCUCGACAGAGAGAGGUCCGCGAGGCAUGAAAAUAAACAGCGACAGCAGAGCACAGUCCCGCAGUCAAAUACAAACACUCCCCAGAAUGAGAGUGCAAGUCUGGUCAUGGCUGGGCAGAACCAUAGCAUGGGAGAGGUCAAGAAUCCCCCAACCGAGAUAUGGUUCUCAAUUUCUCUCAACAGAUCUCUUUAUUUUCUAAAAAGCCCUGAGAUAUGGAUUUGCAACCUAUCCACGCCCCUCGAGCAUAUAGGUUCACGCCGGAAACGAAUAGAGUUCGGAUGUAUGGCAGUUGAGCAACCCGGAGAAUGGAUUGCUCGAUAUGGGAACGACACAUGGAAUUUCUCUCCAGAAUUCGCACAGAACUAUCCCCAUUUGCUUGAGAAAAUCGAGGUCUUCGAGAUUGGCAACCUGGAUAUAUGUGCACUUGGUCCUAACCAACAGUACUACGCCCGGUGGCUAGACGGCUCCUGGUCCUGCAAGGGCUCAUCUGAACUUGUAAAGACUAUUGAAGACCUUAUCAAGGGACAAAAGAAGAUCGUGGCCAUCUCUCUUGGCUUCGGUGAGUCAUUCAUCGUUUCCUACGAGCUAAAUACUGGGUAUAUGGGCUGGAGCUAUGAUUUCCGAGGCUAUUACCGUGGUCUAGAUCGAUUCCUCAAGAGCCAAACAAACAUUAGUAUCCAUGCAGUCACGUUGGAUCCACAAAUUCAGACAGAUUAUCUUGUGGUUUUUACAGAAAAUCGUUCAAAGGGAAGAGACAGGCCGAAGAACAAGCUACACUGUUCAAACAAGAACACUCGCCGCGCGGUAUCAGACUGGUGGGAGACAUCUAAGAGACUUCGCGAGGUUUCACGAAUGUGA